CACAACGUCAUAGCGGAACAUCCAGGAGAAGGUGACUGGCUGACGAUAUCUCAUCUAAAUCACAGCAUUUGAAGCAGUAAAUUCCAUCUUUUCAUUCUAGCUUCUGCAUAAGCACCGACGGAAACUACGCCAAUUCGGUUAUCAAUCGCUCUUUCAUAAGUGAAGCAAAUAAGAGAGCGUUGCAGAAAAAAUUCUGCUUGAAACACACAGGAAGAAGUACUAAGAGCUCGUAGCUAACUGGAAGUACGUAAUGUCUCAGACAACACCAAACCACACACUGGUAGUAUCCGGUUGGGCAGGUCAUGAUAGAUCUGGAAAAGUAACACCUUUCACCUUCAAAAGAAGAGAAAAUGGGGUAAAUGAUGUAACGAUUGAGGUGUUAUACUGUGGAAUUUGCCAUACAGAUAUUCACCACUUGAAAGAUGACUGGGGCAUCACUAGAUACCCAGUUGUCCCUGGGCAUGAAAUUACGGGUGUGAUUACAAAAAUAGGGAGCAACGUGAAAGAGUUCAAAGUUGGAGAUAGAGUCGGAGUUGGAUGCUUAGCAUGUUCUUGUUUGGAAUGUGAAUACUGCAAGGAUUCUCAAGAACAGUAUUGCGAGAAUCAUCAGUUUAUUUACAACGGCAUCUUCUGGGAUGGAAGUAUCACCUAUGGUGGUUACUCCAAAAUGCUUGUUGCUGACAGAAGGUAUGUGGUUCACGUUCCAGAAGGUUUGCCAAUGGAUGCAGCAGCACCAUUGUUGUGCGCCGGGAUAACAGUGUUCACACCAUUUAAAGACUACAACUUACUCGAAGGCCCAAGUAAGAAGAUUGGAAUAGUGGGGCUAGGUGGUCUCGGUCAUCUUGCUGUUAAAUUCGGCAAGGGAUUUGGCCACCACGUUACUGUCAUAAGCACCUCUCCUUCUAAAGAGGCAGAAGCUAAAGUGCGCCUAGGUGCCGAUGAUUUCAUUGUCAGCACUAACUCAGAAAAAAUGCAGGCAGGGAAGAGGAGUUUGGAUUUCAUAAUUGAUACAGUUUCAGCUGUACAUUCAUUGGGCCCAAUUUUAGAACUUCUGAAAGUUAAUGGGGCUUUAACCAUUGUGGGUGCACCAGCUGAACCAAUGGGCUUGCCUGCCUUUCCUAUGAUUUUUGGCAAAAGAUCCGUGAGAGGUAGCAUGAUAGGAGGCAUGAAAGAGACGCAAGAAAUGAUGAAUUAUUGCGUGGAGAAAAAUAUCACUUGUGACAUUGAAGUCGUGAAGACAGAUGAGAUCAACGAGGCACUGGACCGGUUGGCUAGGAAUGAUGUUCGUUAUCGUUUUGUGAUCGACAUUGCUGGUGCAAAGACUUGCAACGGUGCAUGAGUGACUGGAUGACGGAUCUUGACAUAUAUCUACUUUUAUCUGUGUUUAUUUGCGUAUUUAAGUUUAAGACUUGUUAUUAGUAAUCAAACAAUGCACUUCAAUUAAUGGCCAUGAUUAGCUCACCUGAUUAAGCUUGAUUACCA